AACUGUCAGAAGACCUCAACAACAGAACUGGCUGCAACCACAGCCUUUCCUAGGCAGCGGACACCCUGGUCACCUGCAAUUCAUGCCCUGGCACUCCCAGGACAUGCCCUUGAUGCCUAGAACCCAGUCCAGCAGCCACCAACCCAAGAGUGGAGGUGUCCUAGUUGAGUAGUGUUUCACACAGUGGCAGUGGCAGCAUGAGUUCCUCACCACCCACCCAAUAUUCUGGGUUCCCAAAUGAAAGACACACAGGCACACACACACACACACACAGAGGCACGCAGGCACACACACACACACACACAGAGGCACGCAGGCACACACACACACACACACACACACACACACACACACACACACAAAACCUUAUUUAAUAUGCCUUAAUCGGCUCAAUGACUGGGCCACUUCCAAGCCUCCAUACUAGCACACUCUCCCCUCCGAUAUUCCUGAAUUAUUACUUACCAAAUUCCAUCCUGGCCACCUGGACCCAGGCCUGCAGCCCUGCUGGGCCAUGAUUCCUGUCCCUUAUAUGUUGGCUGUUUCUGUCCUGCCCUUCUCAGGCCUGGCCCUUCUCCUUUCCCAUCAAGGCAGUUUUCAAUUCUCCUUCCUCUCUGGGUCCCUUUACCCGAGGAUCCUAAAAUCCCGCCUCUGUCUCCCUGCCCAGCCAUUGGCCACCGGCAACUUUAUUUAUCAGUCAAAGCUAACGGGGGACAGGGACCCUCGGUGUCUUACAUCUUAUGUGUGGAUUCUCGUACAAUUCUGCGAAUCCAAUUAACAUAACACAAGUGUUAGACCAAAUCCACAACUCGAGGGUCUAUCAGAUUAAACAGCACGGUCAGUUCCACCGAGAUUGACGCCUAAAGGCAAGAUAUGGCGGCCACCCCUACAGUCUUCUGAGCUGUGUGAAAUUCUGCUGAGAGACUGGAUGUGUGAGGCUGAGCUUUUGCCACUUUGUGGGCUCCUCUCGCACCAUUCUCCACCCUUUUCCUUCUACCCUUUCAACCACCUAACUCUGGACGAGGGGAAAGGAGGAUAGAGAGGAAAGAAAAGAGAUCCCUGGAUAAAGUCAGGGGUUGGAAAGGGAGCAGUGCUAUCCUUAGACCACUUCCUGUUGACUGGGGGCCUUGGAGCAAGUUUGAUCCUUGCCGUCAGGAUCUCGGAUUUCUUCUCUGCACAUGGCUACUUAGCAAACAGCCACCAAACCCACCUGCUGGGGCUCUAGCCUUUGCAGACUCUGAGAAGUCCCUCAGAAUUCCAAACAUCACAGGGUGGCAAAAGCCACACCCCUUCUGGAGCACGAGGCAAAUCGUAGCUGCUGUGGGCAGUCUGAAGCAGAUUGUGCGACCCAUAUCCCAUACCUGGGAUUAAAACAAAAACAUUCUUAUAUUUCUGUGGUUUCCAAAAGAAAAGAAACCCAAAAGAAAUCCCAGAAUUCUCACUACAGGGAUGUAUUAGGCAGAGCACAAGUGACCAAGAAGGUGGGGUCACAAGUUGACACUCAGGCAUCAGAGGGAGCCAAUGAAUAGCCUUCCUCUGCUCUCUGUCACUAUGUGGCCAUUAGCAGCCAGAACCGCCCUGACCUUCAGGCCUCCGGGCUUCUGAUGGAUGACUUAGGGACAAUUGUCCCAACUCACCAGAGACCCUCAUCUCUUUAGUCUCAGCUGCGUGCCUUUGCCAGGGUGCCUCACUGGCCCAGAAAACCCUGUGAGAUUUGGGGAUCCAGAGGAUCAGUCUAUGCCUAUUCCAGCCCUGGGCUAUCCAGUCCUGUGGGCUCAAGAGACAGACAGCAUCUAAGACUGCUGCCCUCCUGACACCCUGUUCUUGUCACCCAGGAGCCUGGCCAGGGCUUGCAUGGGCUUUUACAAGCACCCAGGCUUACCAUCCACUGUGGACAGGUCCCCUGCCUCACAUUUCCAGGCCCUUUGAGGCCUGGGCUCCCCGUCUCAGGCCAGAGCAUUAGCUAGAGACCCCAGUUGGGCAGACAAGAGUCACACCUUUUCUUAGUGUGGCCUCAGAGCCUUUUUUCCCUGGGCCCUUGACGAGUCUAGGGCUGUCAUCCUGAGCCCCGCCCCUCCCUCACACCCCUUCUGGUGGGUGUGAGUGACAGGACCACUGAAGCAGGCAGCCUUUACUUUCUUCCUCACUGUAGAUAGUACCAUGCCUGUCCUAUCCUGAAGCUCACUGUAGAUGGUACCAUGCCUGUCCUAUCCUGAAGCUCAGGUGGGUAUCCUGGGAAGGCUGGGCUGGAGAAACAUUUGUACCCUGAUACCAAGGAUGCAAAGAUGGCCCUCUUUGCCAUUGGGGUCUUCUUGUCCAGUCCCCUGCACCAAGAGGCUAACCUCUAUCACUGGUAUCCAGUACCUUCAUGUACCGACUGGCUCAGUGCCAGGUGUGGGUAUGGGCAGAGGGAAGAGCAGCCCCAACUCCCUGACAACAGGGCGGAGGCAACAGCCAAGGCAGACAUGGAGAUCAUGUGAUUUCAGAGGUGAGAAGAGGCUGCAGGGGGCUCGGGGGAGAGGAGUGAGACCUAAACAUUUUUCUGAGGACCACAGACCAAGGGCGUCGUCUUCAUGUACUCAGCAGGACUGGGCCCGUGUAUCUGGACCCGAGUGUGCACUUAGAAUCCAGCAGGAGACAGGGAUGGGGUGGAACCUGCCAGGAGGCUCAAAAGUCUGAAGUGGGCUGGUUGCCAGAGAGCUGGGGCUGCCCCCGAUCAGUGGCUGUGUGGCUUCCAGCCCAGAUGAAGCCAGUGCAGUGGCGGGAGCACAUAGUAGGGCAGGUUGCUCACCCAAUGGCCAAGAAGUGUAAAUGAGUAAAUGAGAAAGGGGUUGGGGUCCUACAACCACAUUCAAAGUCACUCUCACAAUAGCCUAGAGACUACCCACCAGGCCCCACCUCUUAGAGGUCUGCCACCUCCUGAGAGCACCCUUUGGGGGCCCAGACUCUCAACCACCAGACUAGCAAGUGUCCAUAGUCGGUGAGGUCCUUGCUGGUGGAGACCUGGCACCUUGCAUGAUGAGACCACACAUCCUGCCUCACCUCUCUGCUGUCUUCUAAUGAAGCCCUAGUCCCACUGGACUGCAGUCCUACUCUGUGCUCUCGCUUAACCGUGAUCUCUCCCAGAGGGAGGUCCCACUACCAGCCUCCACAGGUAACUAAGUUUGCUCUCUGACAACUUCCUGUGGGGCUCCAGAUUCAGUGGGUGCUUUGAUGGGGGUGCUCAAGCCAUAGAAGACCCUUUUCCUUUUUACCACUGAACACUCCACUGUAGGUAGAUAGUGUCUUGUGUAUCCAUUCAGUGGGUGAACACUGGGUGGUUUUCCCUUCAGGGCGACUGUGACUGACACACCAUUGUGAACACCCGUGUGCACAUCUUCACACUUACAGAUGUUCCCAUUGCUUUGGGGUAUAUGCUUAGGAAUGCAGUUCCUAGGUCACGAGCAGCACGCACUUGUGACCGCUCAGCAGUUCUUUAUGGCGUCUCCACCACUCACGUUCCUCUUUCGAUGAGCAUCCUUCUUUCCUGAGAUGGAAUCUAGAUAGCCAGACACUUUUUUUCGUUUGUUUUUUUGUUUUCUCAUGGUAAUGGCAUGGAACCUGGUCUUCCGCUGAGGUGCGUGGUCAGAUGGUACUUUUCUGAUGGUGACAUCGAUGUUGAGAGCACCAGGCAAAGAAAACAAACUGGAGGGCAGUGAUUCCAGGCAUCAGGCGUGGUGUACGCCAAGGCCCGGCAGAGCGAGCGCCAAGGGACUGCGCCAUCUAUCGGGUAAUGACCAUGGGCAUCUGGUCACUUGGAAGAUUCUGGGCGCCAUAGGCCAGUGAAACCAGCCCAGCCCAGAUGAACUGGCCUUGAAGACAGGAUCUUCUUUGUGGGGUGGGAAGUUGCAGGGUCCCUUUCCUGCUCCCUGGCCCUCUGCCUAACACAUCAUUUAUUCCAAUUUGGCCUCCAAAGGAUCCCUGAAGGCUCGUGUGGGAGGCUGUAGGAAGGUUGGAAGCAGGAGCUAAUUUGCUUCUCCAAGCCAGCCAGUAGGACUUUGCUCAGAGGGUUGGGGCAGAGAGGGAGUGCAGUGUGCCCCUGCACUGUGGAGAGGGAUAUUGUGUACCCCACUGCUCUUUCAUGGCCAGGGUCUUCCUGCUUUGGUAGGAGAGAUGGGUGACAGAUGCUGGUGGCACUUGAGAGAGUGACAGCACUAGGCCCAUGUGUGUCUCAGUUCCGGGCUCCUGCCUCUGCCACUACGAGGGUGAGGAGCACUAGAGAAGAGGGGCAGGGUACCCGCACCUGUCAUGUGGGAAGAUAGCAGUGAACAGACACCAUGACCAAGGCAAGUCUUAUAAAGGACAGUAUUUAAUUGGGCCUGGCUUAUGGGUUCAGAGGUUCAGUCCAUUAUCAUUGUGGUGGGAACAGGGCAGCAUCCAGGCAGGCAUGGUGCAGGCAGAACUGAGAGUUCAGCAUCUGAAGGCUGCUAGUGGAAGACUGACUUCCAGGCAGCGAGGGCGAGGGUCUUAAGCCUUCACCCACAGUGACACACCCACUCCAACAGGGCUACACCUCCUAAUAGUGCCACUCCCUGGACCAAGCAUAUACAAACCAUGACAACAGUCCAGUGCCUGUUCCUUCCCAGUACUCCCCCAUCAGUGACACCACAGUCAUGCCUUCCUCGCCACCAGGGGCUACUCAAGAUUCUUGCGUUGUUCCUGGAAUCUGUCAGAUUCAGAACCUGGGAGGACACUAAGGCUGUCUUGUCCAGGGCAAGAGUCCCUGCCUCUCUUCUUCAUUCCACCAUGAAUUGAGAAGCUUACUAUCCCCACCAAGAGCUCUGACGGCUGGGGCAGGACCACACUGAAAGUGGAGUGACGUCCUCCUGCUGGCAGGAGUGGGCUUGCCCCCUGUGGGUAACAUGGUGGCACCCGGUGCCCUUCUCUGUGACCCAACUUCAAAGAACCUUCUGUAUCCUCUUUGCCUCUGGAUGGGACUGUGUGGCAGGCAUUUCCGGCUCACAGACCCUUGGUUUCUUCUGGACUCCCCUCAGCAUAUGAUCAGGUGGUAAGAGUUCUGUUCUGAGCAGGAAGCAUGGCCCUGCUACAAGCCUGACUGGUAAGAAAACUCAAUAGUGGCUUCCAAGGCAUGCGCAAGCUGUCCCGUGUGGGGCAGCGUUCUGGAGGAGACAGACGGUAGUUGGGACUAUGUGGGACUACACUGCCUGUCUUCCAGACCCCUGGAUGAUCAUGUGACUGGAGACCUGCUAGCAGAGGCCGUGUGAAGGUGUGCUUAGAGGAUGCAGUCUACAUACGAGGAUGUUUGAACCUCGAAGGCAUCAGGAAACCACCAGUGUCUAUCGGCCAGUUACCUUGCAUCUAGAAGGGACUGAGGUGUGAUGUCAGGCCCAGCCUUGACACUGACCAUGGAAGGAGUGAAGGCCAGGAAUCUACGCUGUGCCUUGGCCAUCUGGAUGGAUGCCCUGGUCUUGGAGAGUGUUUACACAUUCUUUCACAAUCAAGGAACCAAUGUCAUCUUCCAGAAAGGGAAACUGAGCUCCACAGGUUAUGUCCGCAGGCCUCCUCUGAGAUCAUCGGCCCCAGUCAGCUCCCUCGAUGCAAAAUGACGAUGAUUGGCCCAGGAGAGGGAGAAGUCCAGAAAGCCAUAGGAGACUGUAGGGGACGCUGGCCUGUUUUGAUUUUUAAAAAAGGACUUGUCUCUAAGUACGAAGUCAGGGACAGACUCUCCUUUACUGAGGUCCCCACCGACCAGAUUAUCUCUAGUUGGGAGACUAGAGCACAAUAAUUGUCAGUAGACAAUGCCCCAGUCUGGUUCCUGCUUCUCCAGAGUGGCCACAACCUUAGGCAUCCCAGUGCGUCCGUGGGGCUCCCUCUGGUGGCGGAAGCGCAAAGCGCGGACUGUAACGUUGGAAACCCACAAAUACCGGACUCUGCGCCCACAAGAGCACCACGGGCCCGGGUACCUAAGAGUUUGGCGCUGGGGCAAAUGGCCAGCAAACCUGUUGCUAUCACCAGAUCAUAUUUUGGGGGAAACCGAGGCCCAAAAAAAGCGUCUAUGCACUGGUGUUGAGAGAAUGGGUAUCCCAGAGGUAAGUGAGUCAAUUGCACAGCCAGGACCUCUGCGGCCAAAGAAAUGGGGAGCGCCGGAUUCUCGCGUGGCGGUAGUUUGGACUUGUUUUCCUUCCAGCGCACGUAGGUCUGGAGCACAGCCUCAGGCUCCAAGGCGGAGGUCACUGCGUCUAGGAGGAGCCCGGAGCGUCCGGGGGCGGGACGUGACGCACCUUGGCUGGGAGGUGCCAGCCCAGGCUUCGGUCAGCUGCAUAUAAGAGUGGUGUGAGGCGCGGAAAGCCUGAGCCCGCUGCCUGUACUCAAGAUUCCAGGCCAGCUCGCGCGGUCCCGAAGCCAAACUCUUCCACCACUCCGGCGCCCUCUGCAGCCCUCUACCUUCUCUCAGCCACGCAUCUGCCCUGGGGCCCCUCUGCCCAAUGAAACUGGCCGCGAUGAUCAAGAAGAUGUGCCCAAGCGACUCUGAACUGAGUAUCCCGGCCAAGAACUGCUACAGGAUGGUCAUCCUCGGCUCAUCCAAAGUGGGCAAGACGGCCAUCGUGUCGCGCUUCCUCACGGGCCGCUUCGAGGACGCUUACACCCCUACCAUUGAAGACUUCCACCGAAAGUUUUACUCGAUCCGCGGCGAAGUCUACCAGUUGGACAUACUGGACACAUCUGGCAAUCAUCCGUUUCCCGCCAUGCGGCGCCUCUCUAUCCUCACAGGAGACGUUUUCAUUCUGGUGUUCAGCUUAGACAACCGCGACUCCUUCGAGGAGGUGCAAAGGCUCAAACAGCAGAUCCUAGACACCAAGUCCUGUCUCAAGAACAAAACCAAAGAGAAUGUGGACGUGCCGCUGGUCAUUUGCGGUAACAAAGGGGACCGGGACUUCUACCGCGAAGUGGAGCAGCGGGAGAUUGAGCAGCUGGUGGGCGAUGACCCUCAGCGUUGUGCCUACUUCGAGAUCUCGGCCAAGAAGAAUAGCAGCCUGGACCAGAUGUUCCGUGCGCUCUUUGCCAUGGCCAAGCUGCCUAGCGAGAUGAGCCCUGACUUGCACCGCAAGGUGUCUGUGCAGUACUGUGACGUGCUGCACAAAAAGGCUCUGAGGAACAAGAAGCUUCUGCGUGCGGGCAGCGGAGGUGGGGGCGACCACGGAGAUGCCUUUGGCAUCUUGGCGCCCUUUGCUCGCAGACCUAGCGUGCAUAGCGACCUCAUGUACAUUCGUGAGAAAACCAGUGUCAGCAGCCAGGCUAAGGACAAGGAGCGCUGUGUCAUCAGUUAGGAGCCCCCAGGGUCAGUCAGCCACACAACCUGAGGACCUUUUUUGUUCAAAAGUCAAAUCGGUUUCCCAGGCUAACCUGUGCACUCCGUGCCCCAAGAGCGCCAGCUGGCCUCCUCCCUCCCUCCCUGAGACCCAGCCCUGUGCACCAGGGAGAUGCUGCCAAGACAGUAAGGGACAGUCAUCUGCUGUGAGAGGAAAGAACUAGCUAAGACUGGGACUUUCGCCUCCGAUUCUGGGAUGCCAGGACCCAGCAGAGGGUUAGUUGGCGUUUUUCUCAGAGACUUUGAGAGUGUGUGAAGGGCUUCGGCCUCUGAGACUUCAAGUAACUGUGCGGCUUGCUGUGGGGCCAGGACUAACAGGGCAUUAUCUCGUCUGUGAUUGGUGUUGCCAUGACUGCUGUCAGCCACCUCUGUCCUCAGCAAACUGGAAACUUUGGCUCGAGGUGGGGGUUCAAUCAUAGCCAGACAACUUGUUUACAUGUGUGUGUGUGUGUAAUUACCCAAAAGGAAAACAAAACACAAAACUUGCACUUUAAUAGUUCCAGUGUCAACGUGACAUGAACAAAAUCUCUACAUUUCUAUUGUGUGAGGUCUUUAUUAUUUUUUUUAAUUUAAAAUAAAAUAAUUUUAAAAUGGAAAA